AUGUCUGCUUCUCGAGUAUGGGCUGGUGGUCCCUCUGUACCCCUCGUCACCGCAAUGAACACUGACGAAUCCAUCAACUACGAUGCUCUCGCUAAACAAACCGUCCGACUCGCCAAAGCUGGUAUGGGUAUCGUAUUACUUGGUACCAACGGUGAAGCUUCUCACUUGUCCAACGAGGAAAGAAAGAAAGCUACUGUCGUCGUAAGAAAAGCUCUCGAUGACAAUGGAUUUAAAGAUGAACCUCUUCUUGUUGGAACUGGAAGUGGAUCCGCUGAGACUACUAUUACCGUCACAAAAGAAGCUGCUGAAGCAGGUGCUACACAUUCUAUCGUUAUUACCCCCGGAUACUUUGCUUUCGCCAUGGGUAGAGACAGAAAAGCGAUCAAAGACUUCUUCAUUAAAGUCUUCGACAACUCUCCUAUUCCUGUUAUGAUCUACAACUUCCCUGGUGCCGCUGCCGGUAUUGAUCUUAACUCAGAUGAAAUUAUCGAACUCUCCAACCACCCUAAUUGUUUCGGUGUCAAAUUGACUUGCGGUAACAUCGGUAAAGGUCACCGAAUUUCAGUUUACACUCAAUCAGAAGAAUUCCUACAAAAGAGAGGAUCAGCACUGAAGACUCAAACAGCUACCGGACAAUUCCAAGUACUUCCUGGUUUCUCAGAAUCAACUCUUCCCGCUCUCGUAUCUAGACAUACCGGUUGUAUCACCGGUACUGGAAAUGCUAUCCCCAAAACCAUCAAGAAGUUAUGGGAGAAAUCAGUUGCUGGUCUUAAAGGUGAUGCAGAUGCUCUCGCCGAAGCUUUGAAACUUCAAGAUCGAGUUGCUCAAGCAGAUUGGACUAUCGUUAAAGCUGGUAUUCCCGGAACCAAAUACUUCCUCGACCACUACGUAGAGAAGGGUCUCGGUGGUCCAGCACGAUUACCUAUCGGUGCUAUCACAGAGGACGUCAAGCAAUUAAUCGAAGUUGAUCUUAAGGAAGCUUGGGAGUUUGAGCAAACUUUGUAA